GAUGAAGCUUCAGCGUCGUCACGGAGUUCCCGAGCGGCAUUCUUGCUCAACGUGGGUCGAACGUGCAACGCGAGCCUCGGUAACUUAGGAAUGGGUCUCAUAGUUGCUCUCAGUGGUGUGGCGCUACUUGAUCUUGGAGAAAUCUACGACAGCAACUUAUCAACCGUCUCUCAAUUGAUAACGUCACGUUGCGUCGGUGGACUGCUUGGAUCACUUAUUGGGGGCAAACUGUACGACACGUACAACACUCAGGUGAUAUCGAUCAUCAUGAUGUCGUUGACAUGCAUCACUGUACUCAUGAUUCCGCUCAGCGGGUACUUGGCGUUGGCGCAUGUCAUGGUCUUCUUCGAAGGGCUCAGCCAAGGUGCAUUUGGCACAGGUGCGAACGUGUGGAUUAUGAAGAUGUGGCCCCAAAACUCGAGCCCCGCGCUGCAAGCUUUUCACCUAGCCUUCGGCGUCGGAUGUCUGCUGGCGCCCCUCAUCGCCGAGCCUUUUCUAUCCACGCCAAACAACAGCACUGCCAACUCGACGUUACCGAGUGCUAACGUGACGUACAACGAGACCGACGUCGAGCCAAUGAUACCUCUGGAAAUUGGGAACGAAACAGCGGCCGACGACGAGCAACACCACAGCAAGGUUCACUACGCCUUCGGAAUAGCCAGCGGUUUCCAGUUACUCCUAGUGACGUCCAUGAUCGCGCUAUAUUUCAUCGACAGUGCCAGCUUCAAGACCGGAAGGACAAACUCGGCCUUGGAAGGCGACCAUGAAUCACCUGCCAGGAGACGCUUCUCCCGCGUAGCGCUUGCAAUGCUGAGUGCGUACGUGUGCGUUUACGUGGCCAUUGAGGUGACCACGUCCCAGAUGCUGCCCGCAUUCGCGGUAAAAUGUGACUUGCACUUCUCGAGGUCUCUAGCGUCGCAGUUGGCUGCCGUUUACUUUGCGUGCUUCGCGGCCAGUCGUCUCGCCGCCGCGCUCGUGACGAUCAAGGUUUCGGCCUUUCACGUGCUAGUCGUCUCGCACGUCUUCUUGGUCGGAACAGCGACUGUGUUACUGGGGUGGGGCUCCAGCAAUGCCGUCGCUCUGUGGUCCGCGAGCGCCCUCGCGGGAAUCUCUCAGGGACCUCUGAACGCUGCGAUGACGGCUUGGGUUGCGGCGCACAUCAAUAUCAGCAACAAGAUGAUGUCGAUCGUGGUGGUUACCGGUGGACUUGGCUCCCUCUCGCCGCCGCUCCUUGUGGGGCAGUUCAUGGACGCUAACCCUAACGUGUUCUCGUACGUGUGCUUCGGUGCGGUGAUGUUAGCUGUAGCGAUAUUUGUUGGUACGUUUCUUUAUCUGAGAAACAUGUCCGUGGUAAGCGCGAGGAAAGAUCUUGUCGUGGUCGUUGAUGACGACAGGCCUGAUGAUGCUCUGUCUGUCUAGAAGUUUGUGUAUUUUGUACUGCGGCAGAGUAGUCAAUUAGGUGUGCGCAAG